AUGAGGGAGGGUGUGGAACUUUUCUCCGCUCAACGGCUCGCGGCCAGCGACUUCGAGACGAGCGAGUGCUUCGAUUGCAAGGACGCCUUCGGCAACGGCAUCUUCCAAAGCAGUUUCCUGAUGCUCAGCGCUGUGGCCAUCUUGCUGACAACCUGCCACGCCGACCUGGUGCCGAUCACCGCCUCGCAGGGCGUGGACCACUGGUGCAAGCGACCGGACAAUUCCGCGCUCUCCUUGAAGAGCUGGAAGGAAGACACCGUACCCGUGAAUGCUGAUGGGCGGCGAAGCCGCUGCCGCGUCUACGGGGACCCUCUCGACAGCCCUCGUCUCUUCCGGAAGAACAGGUCAGGGGUCGCGUGCCGGGAGUGGGACUACGAGAGCGGGGACGACGGGGUGACAGCCUCUGGCACCUGGGACGCCGUCUGCCAGCGGCGGGUGCUGGUGCACGUCGGCACCAUGGCGAUGCAGCAGGCGGGCUGCCUCCUGUUCCUGAUUUUGGGCGGCCUCAUCCUCGACGCCUACGGCAGAGACCGCGUCCGCCUGGGAGCAGCCGUCAUUACGACGGUGUGCACGAUGCUAGGCUGCGCCUUCAUCCGCUACCGCGCGUUGUACGCCAUCGCGCAGCCCGUGCUCUCUGGCAGCGCGGCCGUCAACGCCGCCGCGACCCUGCUCGUCUCGUUCGAAGUCCUCAUCGACAGACACAGGCCGAAGCACGUGAUCUUCGCCUCGACGCCGAGCAUCGCGCUGGCCGAGCUGUGGUUCCUCGUCGUCAGGAACAUGCGCGUCGGCUGGGAAGUGAAGCACGCCGCCUUCCUAUCGCCCACGUUCCUUCUCGUCAUCACCGCCGCGUCCAUGGGCAGGCCGGAAUCGCCUCGAUGGCUGAUCGCCAAGGGCAGGAUCAAGGAAGCCGAGGCCGUCAUCCUGGGCGCGGCCCAGAUGAACGGCUUCGUCCCGGGGCCAGACGCGGCGGACCUUCUGGAAAGGAUCGAGAACGUGCGGCGCUGCGGCAGCCGCGAUAGCUCGGCGUCCUCCGAUAGCGAUCCUAGGAGACACUCGCCUAUCGACGCUUCCGCUUCCGUUCGUCGGCGACUGCUGGUCAUGUUCGUCGUCCACUUCUCCCUGGCCUUCGCCGUGCACGUCAACAUCGCGUCGCAGGUGGCACGACGCGACGAUCGCGACACCUGGUGGCUUCCGUCGGUCCUCGUCUCCGCCGCCAGCGUCCUCGGCAACGUGGUCGUGCACGCGGCCGUCACCCGCGUCUCCCUGGACAGGGUGCUCGUCGGGGCCUCGGCGGUCGCCGGAGGCAUCCACGGCCUGGCGAGCCUCUUCUGCAACUUCGAGACCGCGGCGGACCGCGGCCUGCUGGCGUUCUCCAGCGGCGUGGCGAACGUCGCCAUCGUCGUCGGCGCCUGCCACCUCAUGGAGGGGGUCCCCACGGCCGUGCGCGGUGCCUUCCUCUGCUGGUCGCUCGCCGGCGGCCGGGUCGGCGCCCUUCUCGGCUGCUUGACGCCGCUGCUGUCGCAGAACGCCCGCGGUCACGCGUCUUUCGCGCUGUCGGCGUUCUUUCUCAUGGCGUCGUCGUUCCUGGCGGCGCUGAGCCUGCCGUCGUCGCAGAGGGAAGUCGAGCGCGAGGACAGUCACGAGAUGUCGUUCCUGAGGAGCGCGUCUUCUCUCCGCGGCAGUCGGCCGGCGUCGUGCAGGCCGCCUUACCGCGACUCGGUGUGCAGCAAGACGUCGUAG